AUGAUCUCUCUAAAAAGAAACCAUGACAAGAUCUCAGAAAACUACAGAAUAUUCCACAAGCGACAAAAAAUGGAAUUCGAUAUGUUCAAUCAAGCAUUGAAAGAUUUGGAAAGAACCUUCAGUUUUGAUAUCACCUCUCCAAAAUUACUGAUAAAGAAUAAGGGCAACAACUUCAAGCACUCUAACAACAGCGAGUAUACUUGUACCAACAUCAAAGGACACAACACCUCCAUAAAUGAUAUUCACAAUGAUAAACUGCCAAUUAUCCAACAAUCAGCCGUCCCAAAGUUGAUCAUCCAUCCCCAAACAGAUAAUGUGCCAUCGUUGACAGAAUCACUGGGCUGCUGCAACAAUAAUGAGCACAAUAUCUAUCAAUUGAAAAAUAACAAUAAUCCUCCAAGCACCAUCAGUUUGAACUCUCCUGGUGAUGAUUACAAUAAUACCCGCAUCACCAGCAACGCUGUUUAUUAUGCCUCAAAAAACAUCAAUCCAGAGAUGCCAGUGAUCUCAAAACUUUUGGAAGAUGAUGAUCUUCCACAAGAUACGGCGAGCCGGAAACAAUCAGGCUACCAAAAUACUUUAAAUAAACAGUCUAUGGAAAUACAACAACAACAACAACAACAACAACAACAACAACAACAACAACAACAACAACAACAACAACAACAACAACAACAACAACAGCAACAACAACAGCAACAACACGAUCUUCGAAACUUGAAGAAAUUCCAAUUCCUGAUAUACUUGGGAGACUUGAGUUUCCAAAAUCAAAUCAAAGACUUCGAAGAACGUGAAUACAUCGAAGACUUUGUUUUUGAUGUCGCCAACUUCAAAAGAAAUAUUGGCAACAUUCUAGAAAAUUAA